AUGAACGUUCCCCAGAGCCUGCUCCUCAACAGCGUUGCCGAAUCACUUGCACUGCCCAUGUAUACUUGGUCCGCCAACGGCACCCACAAUGCAAAGGGAUAUACCACCAAGGAAGCCGAUGUUGCCAGCGUGCAGGGCCUGUUCGAGGACUGUGAAAAUAUCAAUCUGAAUCGCAAGCUCGCUACCAACUUCCGGAGCGACGUGCUUGGCCCUGGUGUCUCGGGUUUCUUCUACAAGUGUGAGAAGAUCAGUCAUGACACCAAUAAGUACUGGUUCACUAUUAGCUCUGGGGAGCAGUCGCAGAUUGACAAACUCUGUGAUGCGAAUCAGAAGUACCCCAUAGUUUACGACCAGCAGCACGAUACUUGGUUUAUUGAUGAGCCAUUUGAUUGCACUCAGCGGACUUCGCCUGAAAUUUGGCCUUGA